CGGAAGUGUCUGAGGGUCGGGUGAGCCGGAGCCUAUGCGAUCGACAGACUCUCGUGGAGAAUUCGUGGGCAUGUUCUGCAUUGGCUUCCAUCAGAGGUGUUCACCAAUGGUGACCUAAACCAACCAGAGAUGGUCCACCCUGCUUAUAUCCACGAGGGGAAAAUGGACAUCAUCACCCAGACACUGCAACGCGGCCUUCAUGAGAACUUAUGGCCAAAUGGGGACGUGGCCUAUCCUCCAGCUCCAGGAUGCCUUCUGCCGGUGACGAGGUCCCCGAAGAGGCAGAGUAUGCGGUGGAAGCAACACUUCACAUCGCUAGGGGUGUUGCAGCAGACCACCCUGCCAUCUGAAACAGUCCUAGUUGAACCAAAGUACUGAAAACCGUAUGCCUCUGGAGUUUUCGUGUGCAGUGAAGAGGUUUUGUGAGCCAAAGACAACGCUGUGUGGAUAUCUCUUACGACACCGGGUGUUAACACUCCAUUAAAUAGUUAUAUAUAUAUAUGGACAUACUUUCCAGGGGAGCACUUGCAGCUCAGAACUGUGAUACUAAUAUAAGGUUUUUUUUGUUGUUUUUUGCCAAGAAGCUAGUCAAGAUAAGGUUCCCCAAAGACAGUAGUGUAUUCUGGCCUUUAAAAUGGAAUCAAACAGUUGCUUGGCAGACACAAGCCAUGCGGAAAUCCAAAUGAUGGGAAAAGACGAGGGUUCUUCUGAUGUCGCGGAUAAGUCACCAGUACUGGGGCAGAAUCUAUCACCACACGGAAUGAGGUCUUUAAAUGACCCCGAGCCCACGGAUGCAAAUCCUGCCAUGCCUAUUAAGAAAGAGAAAGAAGAAGAAGUUGUGGUGGGUUGCAAUGACUCUCUCAUAACGAGCACUCAGGGACUGGAGAAGAAAGUUAAAAUCGAACCCUUGACUACAACUGAGAGCCUCAUGCUUGAGAGUCAAAAUCAAAAGAAUCAGGCAACGGAAAGCUACAGCGAGGCAUUGCACCUAUUUCCAUGGAAAGGAAAAACUAUUUACGACUAUAAAGCAGAUGACACCGUUGAGGUGCUCGACUUGAGCCUGCCCAAGAGAAAGAGAGAGCGCAGCUUCAGGGACAGGUGCGUGUGGAUCACAGGGGACGACGGGACGUGCGAGAGCUCAUUAGUGAUGGAAGUCGACGAGAUCGACGAGGUGAGGUCGGGGCCUGAGGUCGAGGACGACGAUGACGAGGGCAAUGACGUCGACUCUCCCUGGGAGGUGGAGGACAUGCAGUGGGGAGACAUGGCAGUCCCUGACCAAGCCUCCCUGUCACCUCCACUAGGGGGUGCUGCUGCUGCUGCUGAUGAUGAUGAGGAAAUGCUCCUCAUCGAUAUUGAAGGUGUUCCGUACACACUCACACCUGAUGGGACGAAAAUACCCCAACCGGACUCGGAGGAGCUCACGGAACAGGCUGACACCGCCACGGCAACCAUUGAUAAUGACCAACCCUGCUCCUCCUCUUCCUCGUCAGCUCUGACUGAAAGGGCGCAGUCUGAACAGAACGCGUUGCACAGCUCAGUCAGUUUAGAUAAAAUGUCUUCAGACGGGGCAACUGCUAAUAUUCAGUAUGCAGCAUUUCAAUCCAACCCUGUACUUUCCAAUAUGUCUCAGCUGUCUGUUUUACCCGCGUUGUCCGGGUUAUCCUCUCAGCCAAUUCACGUCAUGGCAAACAGCACAUCAAACACACCUAUUCUACUCCUGCCUUCCUCCCAGCUACAGGCCAGCUGCUCCACCUCCUCCUCCGCAAGUGAGACAAAGACGACGGGGCUGAUGGCUCUUUCGCUCCCUAUAGGUCUCGCUCAAAACCCUCAGUCGUCACAAAUGUUUUUUGUACUGUCUUCGUUGCCGGUGUCCUCUACCCAGACCUCUGCCACUCAGCUUCCUGUCCUCGCUGCUGCUUCCUCAGGUCAGCUCUCACAAAUCUCACAAAUCGCAUCCAUGUCCUCCGUGGCCCUUCCCUUAACCACUACUAGCCUGUCAGGUGUAGGAUCGACAGUGGUAGCGUCGAACCCCCCGCUUGUCAAUCUCUUAGUUCCCGAGCCCCAGUGUUCGACUGUUUCAGGAUCAGAUAAGCUAGUAGGCAAUCCUUCCCCUUCUGCUGCUUCUACCGCCGCCACUGCUUCACCCAUAGGUACAAGCCAUGUCAGUUCGACAAGUCUAAGCAGACAAGGGACUAGUGACAAGUCAGACAGCUGGAUGCCCAAGUCGUUCCGAGAGGCUUUGCUCAGGCCCACUUCCUCGCCCGAGUAUGUGACUGCACAGCCUCCUGAUACCCAAACACAAGGCUCCGAGUUUCUGUCUGCAUCCAGCUCACCCGCUAAACGUCCACGCCAUCUUCCUUCGGCCUUGUCGUCUGAUGUCUCAGACCGUCACAGUCCCAAAGUCCAACCGUUUCCAAAAGCAGAGCCAGGGUCCGUCGUGCCCAACCUCGAGAACAUGUUAGACUUUCGCUUGGCCUCGCAUGACGAGCAGCUCGUCACCUCCUCGUCCCCGACGCCGCCGCCCCUCUCCCCGUCAGGCUCCGUCGGCCUCUCCUCUGCCAAUCAGCUGCCCUCGGAGGCCGGCGGGUCCCCGUCCUCGGACCCCAACUCGGGCCCGCGCCGCAUCCUCUACUGCCCCUACUGCCCGCGCGUCUUCUACUACCUGUCGGACCUGGAGCGCCACUCCAUCACCCACUCGCAGAGCAAGCCGCACGUGUGCCCGCUGUGCGGCAAGGCCUUCAAGCGCUCCAGCCACCUGGAGCGCCACAAGCACAUCCACACGGGCCAGCGGAACUUCGUCUGCGCCAUCUGCAGCAAGCGCUUCCGCGAGGCGGGCGAGCUGAUGCGGCACCAGCGCGUGCACACGGGCGAGAAGCCCUACCAGUGCUCACUGUGCCACAUGCGCUUCGCCGAGCGCAACACGCUGCGGCGACACACCAAGCGCAAGCACCAGGGCCGCGAGCAGGAGGCCAUGGACGCGGACGGUGGCCGUGGUGGUGGCGGCGGCACGGCGUCCUCCUCGCAGACCAUGGUGCUGGUUGAGCAGGAGGAGAGCGCUGAGUGGUACAGCUCGGAGGUGCCUGAGCAGUACUCUGAGGAGGAGGAGGGGUAUGGGGAGGUGGAGGGCGAUGGGGAGGUGGAGGGGGAGGUGGACAGGGAGAGGGAGGAGGGCAAAGAUGGAGAGGAGGAGGUGGUCAAAGAUGGAGAGUGAGGUGAAAUGCUGUCUAUGGACAGAAACACGGUGACUUUUCAAACAGUUGUGACCUCCCCAGCCCCAACCACCACCUCUAUGGUCUGAUUAUUGUUCAUGUAAUGGACAGACCCUAAAGAGUUGCGGUUUAGAGAUGUCGUGUUUUAUGGUGUGAUAUUAAGCAGAAUAGCUUGAUGAGGAUGGUUUUUUUUGCCCUUUUGGCUGCAGACUUAUUUCCUUUUUGUUAUUAUAAUUAUUAUUAUGAUUAUUAUUCUUAUUAUUUGCGAUUAUACUUAACGCAACGGAAUGAUCUGUUUUACAUUUUUUUAUGUAUUUAUAAAAUAUACUACCUUUUUGUAAAUUUUCUUUUACACUUUGCAUAUGAUUUUAAUCUCGCCGUGCACUGUUUUUUUUUUUUCAUUAGAUGUGAUCAAUUCAUCACUUUAUGGUUUCUAAUGUAGGUAUAAUCAAUUUGGUUUCCUCAUAAAUUGCAGUGACCACAAGGAAGGGUGACACGAUUUCAUUUUUGGUUAGACUUUCCUUGACGCCGGCGUCAUACGCAUGUCAUAACUGUGUCAUAAUAGUGUCAAAACGGUGUCAUGACACUGUCAUGGAUGAGUCAUAAACAUGAUGUCAAUGUCAUAAACGUUUAUGGUCAUGAAAAGUUGUCAUUGUUAAGGCUGUCUUUACCAUAACUGAAUGUCACUUACUGACAGUCAUAAAAUGUUUACGACAUGGACAUAAUGUUUAUGACACAUGAAUGACUGCGUUACGACACUGUUAUGGCACUUAUGUCAUACAUAUGAUGCCGGCGUCAAGUAAAGUGUUACCUCAUUUUUUAAGUGUAAAGAACUAAGCUACAUAAAGGUAUUAAAAAGCCAAUUGUAUUUACAUUGAACAUGUAUUUACUUUGCACCAAUCAUUCCUACAUAUACAGUAGAGGCUCAGAGACACUGCAAAACAUCCGCCAAUGUUUCAUCAUCUUUGAUUUCUUGAAAUCCCCCACAAAGCUUUGGCAUUGAUGCCAUUUAAACACCCAAAUAUAAAUGACCGUGUACAUUCCAAUAUGCGACCUUGCUUCCUUCACUUGUGCUUGUGGUGUGGCCUCGCCCGCCUCCUGGCCCCUCCUCCGUGGAGAAAACGAUUAAGUUUCCCAGCUGUCAGCCUAGCCACAACAACUUUUGGGGGACUGUUUUUCAUUCACCAUCCCAAUUGCAAAUGAGAAAAAGACUUUGCAAUUGAGCUUUUGCAAGAUAUUGAAAUAUAAUGCUGUUGUCAGUGAUGUCAUCAUGACAUAUUACUUCCUGGUACGAGGCCACAAGCACAAGUGGAGGACGCAAGAUCGCAUAUUGGAACGCACCCACUGUCUUAGUAGCAAGGUGUUAGCCAGCCCUUGGGGAGAUGACAUAGGUCAAUUAGCUAGCUAGUGUGGAUCAGAUACGUUCCGGGUAAUUAUGAGAGUGAAUAUUUGCACUGUGCGAUUAUGCUUUGCUUGUUAACCCCUGUGUUUCACUCAGCUGCUCCCGUGUAAUUAUCUGGGCAAUUUAGCACAUGGCAGCAGCCACCACUGCACAGCCACAGCCACCGCCACAGCCACCGCCACCGCCACCCAGCCUGAGAUUUGGCCGUCUGCUCCCUCCCUCCGAGAUAUCGCUGAAUCAGCUCAACUGUGUGGGGCCUACUUUGCCACUUCAUAAUUGCCAGUCCCUUUUUCUUUUUCUAUUUAAUGUCUGUCAAAAAAAGAAUUGUGUUUUUAUUCUUCUAAAUAUUCUAUCCUCACAAUAAAGAACUGCUGAAAACGUACACGAUUAACUAUCCGUAGCAAAG